UCAGUGUCAAAAGAUUGCCUGCACUGAAUAAAACGAUCUUCUCUUCCAGUAAUGGAUGUAACAACACCUAACAACAUGUGAUCCAAGAAUUAACAUAAGUGCUAGUUAGCUUGCUUGUUUGUACUGACAGUGCGAGUGUAUGGUCCACUACCUGCGCGAUCUGUGACAGAAUCUCAGCUAGUUUUGCCGUAAACGAGCAAGAUGAAUAGGCGUCAGCGCGACAACGGCAGAGAAUGGCAGAGAAAUCAAGCGAAUCAUCCUGUCCAAACUCCUCAUGGAGGACAUACCUGGGGCUCUUCUUGCGGUCAUGUUAUGCUGUAUGAAGGUGCGCCUUCGUCUAAUAAUCCUCCGAGCAUUCAAAGUCAUGGCCACCAAGCUUCUCAUGGUUAUAAGUCACAAUCACAAAGUUAUCCUCAUUGCUCUGGCCGUACAGGCAUGCAUAGCCAAACUGCGACUGCAAGUGGUCUUCCUGCAGACCACAAGGAGGUUUUCAUGCCGCAAUACGACAACCAACCGAUGGACUGUACUCACUCACUCACAGGUGAACCAGCCCAGUUCUUUACAUUUGGUGGUACAGGCGUACUGUACGCGGGUAGAGCUCCAUCUCGUCCAGACCGACGUGACGCUGACUUGCUACGACACAACCCAAGAAAAUAUCACGGCAAAGCUCUUCAUGGCCAUUCAUCAUAUCAACAACAGGGGCGCCUUUCUCGUUCCUCUGGUCGUGGAGCCAGCUUGUUGUACUCAGGUGCGCCUUCCUCUGAUGUACCAUCGUGUGACUCCCGUUUGUCAAAAAGCAACGUAGGAAAUUAUCAUUGACAUAUUCCUAAUGCGGGAUAUUGAACUAACCAUUCACGGCUAUAUUCAAAACACCAUUUUAAGAUCUGUGAAGUUUGGCUGAACAGAAUUAGUGUGUAGCAACACACACGUGCGUGCGCUUGUCUCUUGAUUGCUAGCAUAUAGCAGUUAGUUAUUUAUGUAUCUUGUUUGGUUUCUAUAUGUACAAAUAAUUCUGAAAGUGCUUUGAAUAAUUUUCCUUUUUAAUGCAGUUUCCCCCCCCAGAAAAUUAAUGCGAUUUGCAAACAUCUUUCUUAACACAAAAUAGUAGACAGACGCUAGACAGGAAGGGUAUUCUAUUCUAAGAUGCCGCCAAACUCUGCUAAGAAGUGUGACAUGAGAUCUACAAGAAGUGCCGAAUCAUUUUGAACGUUAUUGACAUGCAAAUGUACGCUCCUUCCAGGAACUGUCACAAGUUGAAAUCUGACAUACACACGCGCUCACUAUUCUACAAACUGGAUAUUUUUGGCCGAAAUACGAGCUGAAGCGCGCGAACUACCGAGAACUGUCACUUAAGUUUGUAACUGACCUUUCGUGAUACAAGCUCACGCAUACUAUUGCAGGUAUGAAUUGUUAUAAGAUAAAACACACGCUAUAUAUUCGCUGUAUGCUCAAAUGAAAGCGGCAACGGCGAUGUUCGCAAUAGCUUUUUUCCGAGAACUUUAAAAAAAACGUAUGUCAAUCAGCAAUAGAACCGCUCACUGUUCUAAGAAUUGUUUAUAAAAUUGAACAAAUGUUCGUUCCUAGUUUUGGUAUAAAAAACCCUUCAAACUUGAUUAGAAUAUAGCUACAGUCGUUUAAUACAUUAAUUCAUUAUUCAUGUCCCAAUUGGUGCUGAAUAAAUAUAGUGCGUUUGUUUCUAUAAAUUCGUGAGAAUAGUAGAGACACGAACACUGAGGCGCUUUUUUCAAUCAUCUUAUUAUCUUACCACGUUGGGCGUUGUUCGCGUUGUGCACGUUAGGCGCGUGUUAUUCCAAGAAGCAGAAGUGUUAGCUUGUUUGUUUUGUACUGACACAAUGUCAGGGUAUGAUGCACUACAGUGUGCCAAUCGAUUCAUUAUAUAUUGCUAUCGUUCUGCGUGAUCUAUAACAGAAUCAGAUUAAUAGGGUGAGAAACGCAGAGUUUUUGUGUUGCUAGAUGUAUUUAGUAAUGCAUUAUAUUAAAAGUUUAUCCUGGAUUUAUAAAUAUAAGCGUUUUAGUAAACAUGCAACACCUAGACACACGAACCCGCGCGUUCAUUUAUUUUAUUUGCUUAGAAAUGUCGCGAGAGUAGAAAGACAAAGCCUCUUUGUUUGAUGGGUUGGGUGCGUCUGAUGCGUUGUUCGCGUGGAAGGCGAAGGGCCGAUUAAUUGGGCGCGUGUUCCGCUUCCAAGAAUCAAGAGAAUUAUAUAUUGUUGGCCAUAUAGCCUUUUUUGUACUGAUAUAGUUUCAGGCAUAGUGCACUACUGCAUGUGCGUCGAAUCGAUUUCGUUUUUACAUAAAGUUCGUUCUGAGAGAUCUGCAACAGAAUCUUUGCUAACAUAAACGAAGAUGAAUAGGCGUCAGAGCGAUAACGGCAGAGAAUGGCAGAAAAAUCAAGAGAAUCAUCCUGGCCAAACUCCUCGUGAAGAACAUACUCAGGGCUCUUCUGGCGGUCAUGCCGUCCUGCACGAUGGCGUGUCUUCGUCUUAUAAUCCUCCGAACAUUCAAAAUCAUGGCCGCGAUGCUACUCAUGGUUAUACAACACAUUCACAAAGGUAUCCUUAUUGCUCUGGACGUACAGGCAUGCAUAGCCAAACCGCGGCUGCAUGUGGUCUUCCUGCAGGCCACGACGACCAAAAGAUGGACUUUACUCACUCAAGUGAACCAGUCCAGUUCUUUACACAAGAGUCUCUUCUUCGCUCUGUUCAAGCCAGUACCCAGAUGCUGUACGAUGUAUUUGACUUUACCAUUGGUAUGUUGGAAGAGUUAGAAAAACACGAAGGCCAUCCGGGAAAACGUCUCCCCCCAAACUCGGGAAUAUUUCCUCAUCUAGUUCCACUCAAUCACAAAAAGCCUGAACCGGAGGUGAUCGCUGGAAUCGAGGCAGAGCUGCAGUGCUUGUCUAUCCAAAUGCGGUACUUACCAAAGGACGUUAUCAACGAUUCGACCAGGAAACAGAUGGUUGAACAGACUCUAAAAUGGCUUGGAGCCAGGGAAGAACUGCAAGUACCUCGCAGUAUAGUUGAAAGGUAUUGCAAGAAUAUCCUUGAAAUUGUGCUGUUGGGUAUUCCUGGAAAAAUGCCACCAAGAAAACAUUCACCUCCAACUGAAAUAAACAGUGAGCAAGUGAACGAAGCCACGUUUCAGAUGGCAAGAGGAAGGCAUUUUGGUGAGCAGCAGGACCAGCAGUUUCACAAAGAUCCCAACAAGAAAGCUAAGUUGAGGCCAAAGAGACGUACAGGAAUGAAUGUGUUUCUGCGUGAAGGAGCAAAUCGUCUGCCCCUUGACGAACAUAAGGAUAAAGCUUUGAUAAAGGCUCUUGAACCCUAUGUUACUGACCUGGGUGUGGAUAAUAAGUGACUCUACUGGAAUAUACUUCUGAUGUCCCUCGUCACUGAAAGAUUACUAGAAGUUGCGACAUAGUCAAUAGAAGGAAAUGGUUUGGAAACCUUUUGUUGUACUUCUUUUGUACAUUUUUUGUAUGUAUUUUGAGGUUGAAUCAGUCAAGACCUUGCACAACUUUUUUCUUAUGGACGAUCGAAAUUGUCAAACUAAGUGAAUUUUAACACUCUAGCUCUGUGAGAUUAUGAAAUGAAAUAUUCCAAUAUUCGUUAAAACGUUUGGUGCAUUUUGAAGAAAUUGUCAAAAUUAUAAUAAUUUCGCUCUACUGUUCAUUCAGAUAGUGUUACCAGUAUGGCUAAAACAACAGUUAAACAAAAGAUUAUGCACGGUCACGCUUGGAAAAAAGUUAACAAAAACCUGCAACAAAAGGUUUCCUUACCAUUUCCCUCCACAAAGUAUGGUUGCGACCAGUACAUUUAUAGAGGAAUUGUAUUAUAGAAGAUUUAUAGCAUUUCGUUCUAGUUUGUUUGUAUAAUUUAGUGAAUGAUGUUUUUUGGGGGAACAUAUAGAGGAAUAGAGAGUUUGUUUUACAUUUAUUUGGCCGUUAAUGGUGCCCACUCUUGCUACAGAAUAUUAGUAUUGUUGAUCAUUAAAAGCUAGAGCACUUGGAAAUGAUUUAA